GUCCAGUGGGUACGUGAGCUUCUGGCCAGCGGCGGGCGAGGCAAGGCGGUGGUAUACGCCACGUCAAUCGAGCGGGUAGAGCGUUUAGGAUCAGUGCUGGGGUGCGCCACGUUCUUCAGCGACGUCGACUCGACAGAGGGCAAGACGGCUCGGCUCGAGGCGUGGCGUCAAAGCAACGGGGCCGAGGGCGUCGUAGUGGCGACGAACGCAUUAGGACUGGGCAUCGAUAUCCCGGACGUACGGCUCGUGAUCCACGCCGACAUGCCAACGGGACUCCGCCGAUUCGUGCAGGAGAGCGGGCGAGCGGGGCGCGACGGGCAGCCGAGCGCAUUAGUCGUAGUA